AUGCAAAUUGUGGAGGGGGAUGAUGCUUUUUAUGCCCCGAAGGUUCCCAAUGGAUCGAUGUCGCGUGCAUUCCACUAUUCCCCUAUGUUCUGCGUUGAUAGCAUCUCCAGGAAGAGUUUUUCUUACAACAAGCUUCCUCAGGAGCCCCACAGGCUCACCGUUCUCAAAUUGGACGGCUCAUCUUUUGAAAUUCAGGUGGCUAAAAAUGGGACGGUGAAGGAGCUGAAGCAGGCGGUGGAGGCUGCAUUUAGUCAUUUGCCAAAGACAGGGCCUGGUAGAGUUUCAUGGCCACAUGUAUGGGGUCAGUUUUGUCUUUCCUACAAUAGUCACAAGCUACUUAAUGACAGCAGUUAUUUAGGAAUCUACAAGAUCAAAGAUGGCGAUCAGCUUUGCUUUAUUCGCCAUUCCUCCAUCAACUACAAUUUGGCAAGGAUGCAAUCAGAGAAAGAGGACUCGGAUUUAGAUGAUAAACCUGAUGAGGACAGACAAGAGAAUAGCAGAGGUAGCUUGAAACCCUACAAGAGAGAAAUGGCGAACAUGAUCAUGGCUUCCUCCAAAGCCCCAAUCACAUCCACCCCUUCCACCUCUUCCACCCCAGGAUUCAAAGUCCUCCCCAAAAUAGCCUUGCCCAGAAUCCCAAAACCCCACCAACUCCUCUCCCUGACCCCUUCUUCCUUCAAGUCCAUUUCUGUCAUUCUUGCAGCCACCUCCUUCUCACUUUCACAAGCACCUCCCUCCUUGGCUGAAGAAUUCGAAAAGGCGGCACUUUUUGACUUCAAUUUGACACUCCCUAUUAUUGUGGCUGAAUUUUUGUUCCUCAUGUUCGCUUUGGACAAGAUUUAUUACAGCCCUCUGGGGAACUUUAUGGAUCAGAGGGAUGCAGCUAUAAGGGAGAAGCUGAGCAGCGUUAAGGACACUUCUGCAGAGGUGAAACAGUUGGAAGAUCAGGCUGCGGCUGUGUUGAGGGCUGCUAGGGCAGAGAUAUCGGCUGCGUUGAACAAGAUGAAGAAGGAGACUCAGCUUGAGGUGGAGCAGAAGCUGGCUGAGGGGAGGAAGAAACUAGAGGCUGAGUUGCAGGAAGCUUUGGCUAAUUUGGAUAAGCAGAAGGAGGAUACUCUUAAGGCUCUCGACUCGCAGAUUGCUGCUCUUAGUGAGGAUAUUGUCAAGAAGGUCCUCCCUGUUUCUUGA